UUCGUAAUGGGGUGGUUGGUUGUUUGGUUUUGCCACCGAAUUGCAAUUUUCUGAUAUGGAUCUAGCGGACCUCCAGGACCGUUUCCUUUGUGUUUCCUUGUGGCUGAGCACAUCGCGCCAAAAUUUACAAAAAUCUACGAAUAUAGUUCGCACACUCGCCGGGGAGAUUUAUUAUUUUUGGCAAACACAUAAAUCUCAAUCUGUCGAAAAAUGUGAAAUCGAAAAUGAAAUCAUUGUGCCAAAAUCAAAAUUUAACCGCAAAUUAGGCAAUAAACAAUGGCUAAAGCGGUCAUGGGUUAAUACGUUUAGCAUCACGAGACAACCGCCGGGGUCACAACCACCGCCGCCACCGGGUUAAAAGGGUUAGUCCGGCCCCGGCCCCGGCCCCGGCCCUGCUAAAGGGGUUAAGGGUUGAUCCACAAACCAAUUUUAAACGUGCGAAAAAAUAUUCGUACUCGCGAUGAGCUCUCAUUGCUCCAGUUUACAAUUUUUUCUGCCUGCCGAUUUUGCGAAAAAAUACCUUAAGCCUCCUGUGAAUAAAAAAAAACAAUAAACUUCAAUGGGAUUUAUUCGAUUUGAAUUUAUUUUGAAACAGCUUCUGUCCCUAGAGGUCCAUGAAUUAUACUAUUUAAGGAACUAUGUUUAAAAAUUGGUAUACAAUUUUUCAAAUCAAGAAUCUUAAGGACUUUAAGUACUAUUCUGGUUAAUACUGAAUAUCAAUUCUUAAUAUAAGUUUUGAAAGAAAAUCCUCAAGGAGGUUGAGAAUUAUUACAAUAUUUUAUAAACUAUGCUUAAAAUUGUGUAUAAGAUUUGUCCAUUUUUGUAGGCCAUUUUGUAAUGAAUCCUGAGACAGUAUCCUGAGAUCUAUAGUUUAUAGCCUGAGAUCUGAUACAUUAAAAUGUCAGUUUCUGAAAAAAGCCUACCUGUGUCUUACAAUUUUAAUUAUAUUAUAAUGUGACUUAAGGUCACGUGGCCAGUUUUUAGUUAAACAAAUAAGAAACAGAAAAUGAGCCCGCCCUCGACGACAUAUGGAGGCAUUUAGAGGGCCAAGGGUCAAUAAUUUAACAACAAUUAGCGACGCCCAGAAAGAGGACAUCCGCGGGUCACAGGUCACUGAUGACCAAGUGAUCCCAAAAAUACAAUUUAAAUAAAUGUGAAGGACCUAGCAUAAUAGGGGUUUUAUACUUUAAAGGAUAUAUAUU